CUGCAACAAGCACGUGGACUUAAUUUUCACCAGAGACAGAAAUAAGAAUAAAAAGCAGACUGGCACCUGCCAUUGAGAAGCAGAACUUUCUCUAGAGUUGUUCGUACUUUCUGCGCAUUUGUAAACAAUAUUUGACUGCGACCAAGUGCCAAGGCAUUCCCGAGACUUCCCUGUCUUCUGGGAUCCCGUCACAUCUUCUCAAGUUAUUUCUCUAGAGAUGACUGUCUGAAGAAGGAACGCAGAAAAGAAGCCACCUGACCUGCAGAAGUUACCUGCCUGAGUAAUUGAGGUGAAGCAGAAGGGUGAGUUUGAAAGCCAGUGACAAUGCUGACAGUGCUCUGUGUCCUGCUAACGCUGGGGAAUCAUGCCCUGGGGGCAGGUUACGCCCCCAUGCCUCAGAUGAAAUAUGUGCAGCCCAUGAUGAAGGGGCCUGUUGGGCCACCCUUCAGAGAAGGCAAGGGCCAGUAUCUUGAGUUUCCACCCAUGAUGGACAUUAAAGGGGAGCCAGGUCCUCAAGGGAAGCCAGGACCAAGGGGACCACCUGGGCCUCCUGGAUUACCAGGGAAACCAGGUAUAGGAAAAGCUGGUCUCAAUGGUCAAACAGGUCCUUCAGGGCCUCCAGGAUUCCCUGGGAUUGGAAAACCAGGACUACCAGGGUUACCAGGAAAACUAGGACCUAAAGGACCUCCUGGACUCAAUGGUGAGGUUGGGCCUCGUGGAGAGGUGGGUCCACGUGGACUUCCAGGUCAGCCAGGACCACCUGGACCAGCAGGUCUGUCGUUGAACGGCAAACCAGGGUUACCUGGGACUAGAGGCCCAUCAGGGUCAAGAGGUGACCCGGGGCCUAAAGGCGGACAUGGUAUUCCUGGUGAACAAGGACCAAAAGGGGAAAAUGGCAAUGGAAAGCCAGGUCCAACAGGUCCCAGGGGACCCACUGGCCUUCAAGGACCUUCAGGACCUCCAGGUGUUCCUGGGUUGGGUAAACCAGGGAUUGAUGGGCUGCCUGGACAAGCAGGGUCAAAAGGAGAUAAAGGACUUCCAGGAGUUCAAGGUGUCCCAGGGGAAGCUGGUCCUCCUGGACUACAAGGUCGGCAAGGGGCAGCAGGUGUGGGAAAAUCUGGACUUGAUGGUGCUCCAGGUAACUCAGGCCCAAUUGGUCCAAAGGGUGAAGUUGGCCCCAGAGGAACUCCUGGGUUUCCUGGCCCCCCUGGCUAUGGUAAACCAGGGCUUGUAGGACAGAAAGGAGAUAGAGGUCCUGGUGGAUUACAAGGAUCCCUUGGUGACAAAGGAGAACCUGGGAUGGAUGGUCUACCAGGAGAUACAGGGCCAACUGGACAGCCAGGACUUCCAGGUCCACAAGGUCCUAUGGGUCUUCCAGGGAAACAUGGGAUGCCUGGUCUAAAGGGAGAGAAUGGCCCACAAGGACCUCCGGGCUUGCCAGGACUUAGAGGAGAUCAGGGUCCCAGUGGGCUCUCAGGAAAGCCUGGCCUGCCAGGGGAUAAGGGCCUUCCUGGUCUCAACGGAGCCACAGGCAAACCUGGACCUAAAGGUGAACCGGGUCACAUCGGACUGCCAGGUAAUCCUGGUUUGAUUGGGGGACCAGGUCUAAAAGGUGAGAAUGGGUUAACAGGACCCCCUGGGCCACGUGGCAAUUCAGGGAUCCCUGGACUCCCAGGCCCCACUGGUCAUAUGGGACCUCAGGGUGUUCCAGGGUUGAAAGGCGAACAAGGUCCACCGGGCCCCCAAGGAAUUGGAAAGCCUGGAGACAAAGGUAUGCCUGGUCCACAAGGACCUCCGGGAAAACCUGGCCCUCCUGGAUUUAGCGGUAUGCAGGGCCCUCCAGGUCCGCCUGGAUCUCCUGGGCUUCCCGGCCCACCAAAUGGUGAUAUAAAUCAGUUAGCGGUUCAAGGACCAAAUAUUGUAGGAGAAUCCAUUCUAAAGCCAAAUGGUGAGAAACCUUAUUUUGGUCAGGCUGAGCUCUCUGCCUCUGUGGCUCCUGCUUUUACCGCCAUUUUGACAACACCAUUUCCACCAUCUGGAAUGCCGAUCAAAUUUGACAGAACUCUGUAUAAUGGGCAAAAUUCUUACAACCCUGCCACGGGCAUCUUCACAAGCCCACUGCCUGGAGUCUACUAUUUUGCUUAUCAUGUACAUGUAAAGGGAACCAGCCUGUGGGUGGCACUGUAUAAAAACAAUGUGCCAGCCACAUACACCUAUGAUGAGUACAAGAAGGGCUAUAUGGACCAGGCAUCAGGUAGUGCAGUACUGGAGCUGAAAGAGAAUGACCAGGUUUGGGUGCAAAUGCCCUCUGACCAAGCAAAUGGGCUCUACUCCACUGAGUACAUCCAUUCGUCCUUCUCAGGUUUCCUCCUGUGCCCCACAUAACGGUCCGUCACAGCGGAGAAUUGCUUGCUCAAGUGACCUGCAGUAACAUCUGUGAUAACAGCGACUAGAUUACAAGAAAGACUUGCUGAACGACGGAGAGGCUGAGUUUGAAGCAGAAGAUGGAGAAUUCAUGCUGUGUCUCUGUUUUCACCCUCUCUUUCAAAUGUCCAAUUUGAUCAUUGUUUUACUUUCAAGUGUUGUCAUUUUCUGCCUAUAUGAUAAUUUUAUUAUAACUGUUAUGUUAUUUUUGUUGAUGUUGAUGUAUUGGUGUUAUUUUAUUGAUGUUGUUGUAGUUGUUGUUGUUUAUCGCAAUCAGACUAUUAAGUACUUUGCAAUGUGUAGGUAACCAUUUAAAGACUUACCCAUGUGACUGCACACGUUGCCAAAUGUUCUGACUCCCAUUGAGCUCCAUCACGUUGACUCUGGGGUUGUGUGUUCCCCUGGUUGUAGUCAAAUUCACCUAUAUCUUUCCCUCAUAUAACACAGGCUACUUGAUUUGUGCCACAUUUCACAUUUUAGAAUGCAGACAUUCUAUACAGCAUUGUUAUUGUAUUUGUAUGUUUAAAUACAUCCAUAAUUUAAAGAAUAAUCUUCAGUUCCAUAUUGUUUUUUUCUUAUUAACGCCAGACAGGUGAAUAUCUAUCUGCUUUAGUCAUUAGGUAUGUAUGUUUUGUUUGAUUUACUGUGUUAAAGCAGAAAUUAUGUGCUAAUCUGUCUGUUUCUGCGACAACUACAUUGUGUUUGAGAGUUAUUAAGGAAAAAUGUACUUGAUGAUUUACUGAGUUCUUUGCUCAAAACAUGCCAGGUUUAAAUCAGUAGUGAUCCUGAAGGCCUCAAGAGGACUGCUGUACAACAGUGCCUGCAUUAACAAAACAAAUAUGCAAUUUCUGUGACACUAAUUCCAUAAACUUUCAGAAAAAAUUUACAAAAGCUGUCACUAGGGUGGUAACCUUUCAAAGGGUACACCUUUGUGCCUUAUUUUUUCCACAUUACAUACAUAUUAGUGCCUCAAGUGUACAUAUUAGUACCUUUCAAAAAGUGACACCUUUGUACCUUUAUUUCUGAGAGUGUACUUAAAAAAUCAUGACAUCAAAGCUAAUACAUAAAAUCUUAGGAUAGCCUAGAGUACAUUGGUGAGUAAGGGACUACUAGUAGAUUGAGAAUAUGAAAAUAUAAUUCUGAAUUUUUUAUGUAACAAAUCAUUUCUCCAACACAAAAUCCAAACUACUGCAUUGUGUACUCUAAACGUUUUACAAUCUCUGACGCUUUUCUAAUUGCUGCUUUAACAAUGACACAAUUGACUGAUUGUUUUUUACAUUCUUCUGAGACUUGUAAUUACACAGACAUGAUUGACAUUAACAUGAGUCAAUGCAUGUCCUAAUCUUUUACAUUUUGACAAAAAGUUACAUGAUUUGGAUAAAUCACACCCACUGCUCCAGUGGUGUUUAUGAAAGGUUAAAAUGUAAACAUCCUCAAACAAAGAAAUAGUUCCUUGCACAUUUACUGAAGUGAAUGAAAAAUAGCAAAUGAGGCUUGAAGUCCCUCUUGAAAGACAUUUUCUUACUUCUGUUUGUUUGACCAACAUGUAGAAUUAUGAAACCUGAGGAGUAUCAGUACUUAAAUGCACCCACUCACUGAGGUUGCCCAUUCAAUACACAGUUACAUGACAUUUGUUCCAUGACAUUGUUCAGAUUAUUUACUCUUGAAUGAUGUUUUGACACCAGAUCUUUCCUAUUUCAGCAUGUAUGUGAUCUUUUUAUUGUAUAUUAACACUGUGACUAAUAUUUUCUUUGAUGAGUGUAUAUUGCGCAAUGGAUUUAAGAUUUGAAAAUUCGUUGUGCUGCAAUUUAGCAAAACUUCUUAGACUAUGUUGCUUCCUUUUGUCAAUUUAAAACAAACUGGGAUAAAAAAAAGCCUUGAUUCUGUUUCACGGGAUAUUUGUUCAUGUUCAAUCAGAUUAAAAGAAACAACCAAUCCCAUUUGCACAUAAAUUUAAUGAAGGCAUAUUUAUACAUUUGUGAACUACCGAAACCCUGUACGAACAAAUAACCUUAUAUUUAAGAGCAUCGAGGAGUUUGUAGUACACACUACCAUUGUUUUUCUUUCUUUCUUUCUUUUAUGAUGUAUCUAUCAAUCUAUAGGACUUUUGUCAUACUGCAUUCACUUUAUGCAAUCCGUUUUGGGUAUUAAAUGCACUCUUUGAUUGAACAUAUUUUGUCAGCUCGUACAAAAUCUACAAGUACUUGACAGUACUGAUGCAACAUCAA